UGGUGGCAAGCUGUCAGCCAUGCACUCCCUUCAUUCCACCAAAAAGUGCUAGCUUCUCAUAUAAAUAUCAAUAAGAAGAACCCAGCAAGAUUUUCAAGAAACUGAGAUAGGUAGAUAGAUAGCCCAUGGAGAAGGUUAAGGAGAGUGGAACCAUGAACAAUUGUGAAGUGGAGACGCCCAAAAACAUAACCAUCAAAGGCAUUAUAAGUUUGCUGAUGCAAAGUGUUGAUGAGAAAUGUGAUAGGAGUGUGAUUUCUCUUGGCAUGGGUGACCCUUCUGCCUAUUCUUGCUUUCACACCACACCUAUUGCUCAACAUGCUGUUGUUGAUGCUUUUCAAUCUGACAAGUUCAAUGGUUAUUCUCCUACUGUUGGCCUUCCGCAAACUAGAAGGGCAAUUGCUGAUUACCUAUCUCGUGAUCUUCCUUACAAGUUGUCAUCUGAUGAUGUUUUUAUCACAUCUGGUUGCACACAAGCCAUUGAUGUUGCUUUGACAAUGCUUGCUCGUCCUAGUGCGAAUAUCCUGCUUCCAAGGCCAUGCUUUCCAAUUUAUGAACUUUGUGCUGCGUUUAGGGGACUUGAAGUUAGACGCUUUGAUCUUCUUCCAGAUAAAGGCUGGGAGGUUGAUCGGGAUGCAAUUGAAGUUCUUGCAGAUCAGAAUACUGUUGCAUUGGUUAUCAUAAAUCCUGGAAAUCCUUGUGGGAAUGUAUACUCUUACCAACAUUUGAAAGAGAUUGCAGAUAUAGCGGAAAAGCUUAAAAUUCUUGUUAUUGCUGAUGAAGUUUAUGGGCACCUUGCUUUUGGGAAGAAUCCGUUUGUACCAAUGGGAGUUUUUGGAUCCACUGUUCCUGUUCUUACCCUUGGUUCUCUAUCAAAGAGAUGGAUAGUGCCUGGAUGGCGACUUGGUUGGUUUGUAACUACUGAUCCAUCUGGCAAGUUCAUAAAAACAAAGGUUGUUGAACAUAUUAAGAAGUACUUCGACAUUUUGGGAGGACCUGCAACUUUCAUCCAGGCAGCAGUACCUUACAUUCUUGAGCAAACUGAUGAAGUUUUCUUCAAGAAAACAAUCAAUAUACUGAAGCAGGCAUCCGAGAUUUGCUGUGAUAGGAUAAAGGAGAUCCCUUGCAUCACUUGUCCUCACAAGCCUCAGGGAUCUAUGGCUGUUAUGAUGAAACUGAAUCUUCCACUACUGGAUGAUAUCUCAGAUGAUAUUGAUUUCUGCUUCAAACUGGCUAAAGAGGAAUCUGUUAUCAUUCUUCCAGGAACUGCAGUGGGGCUAAAAGAUUGGCUCCGCAUAACUUUCGCUGCCGACCCAGCAUCACUUGAAGAAGCUCUAGUGAGGGUAAAAUCUUUCUGUCAAAGGCACACCAAGUUUAUAUAGGGCAGCUACCAAUGAUCCCAUGAUAGAUUCUUCCCUUUGGUGAAGCUGUUAAAAGUAAUCUAUCAGUAGCCGUAUUAUUAAACAUGUAAACAAAAAUAGACUUCAUAGUAUCUUUAUCAGGUAAGCACAUAAAGGAAUUGACAGCUAGACAUGAACCUAAACAGAGGUUCAGAGUUUACUGCAUACAAGUCCAUGUGAGAAAUCGAUGACAAGUUUUACUCUUUGAGGGUCGUACUGAUAUUCAAAUCUUCUUAACUUGUUUCAUUGGAAGACAAUGUUCUGCAUUAAUCAUCAUGAAAUUGAUAUCAUAAGGACUCAUUUUUAUAGCA